AUGAAUGCAUCGAGUCUAUUGGUAAGGCGGAGCGUGCCUCGGCUACGUACCCAGCUGUGCCAGCGACGAUGGGCUCAAGUCCAUGAUGUGCGAUUCUUCGCAGUCCAUUCCCGACUUGAGGACAAGGUCCAGGACAAAUAUCGCGAGAAGCUGGAACAGAAAGCACGAGAAAAAGGUCUGAAGGAUAUCGACGAGCUGCGCGACGCACAUAAACACAAGAUACAAUCAUUACGGAAGGAAAGUCUUGUACCUGGAGUCAAUGCACCAAUAAAUGCUCAACCACCGCCAUCGCCACAGAAUGUAUCGAGCAGCAUACCCUACCAACCGCCUCCUCCUCCGCAACCACAAUCAGAACAGCAGGAAGCUGUAAAGAAAGCAGCGAAGAGCACGGGCAAGCCAGUGAAGACGUUAGACUCGUUCAUUGAUGUACAGAAGAUAUCAGAGCUUCCACAGAAAGAGAUCGAGACGAUUUGGCGCUUGCGACAUGUGAAAGACCCACAGUCGCUAUGCGCGGUAAUGGCAGCAGAUACAUUUAGGCGGAUACAGGACACCGCGAGAAGGCACCCGCAGUUCAUCCUGCCUCUGCCGCGAGAGGAGCAGGGUGCGGAGAUACAUUUCCUGCAAUGGACCUUCCCGUCACCCACCACUGCCACUGUCCUCUUCACACACUUGGCUGAGUUCAAGCUUAGAGGAGAGUACGCGCAGCCGCAUACUACCAUUACCCACCAUCUCGAUAUGGUAGACAGUAAUGGACUGGUGCUUUUGGAAGGCAGAGUGAUGGAGAACAAGGGCAUCACUGUAGACGAGGGCAGGUUCCUGCUUAUGAAUCUGCAGAAGUUCUAUGGUUUUGAGGCGCACAGUGAUGCUGCAAGAGAGAACAAGGAGAGGAGGAGGAAGUUGAUGGAGCAGUUCUCUGGAGGUGAUGCGAAUUUCAAGGUUGAAGAGCUUUUGGAAGAGGCCGAGAAAGUGCCGUGAAGGACAUGGAAAUAUGAGAUGGCAUCGGUUUCUGGCCAUUGUACAAAUUGGCAAGAUAGAGGAGCGAGACCCGUGACGAUACACAGAAGAUGAGCAUUUGUACAAUACUGGCUGGUUAGAGGCUAUAGAUACCCAUGCACAAGGUGCGGAUCGAUGGCAACAU